UCUCUACAGAGUUUGUUGAAUAGUCAAACAAUAAUCGUUGUUUAAGCUUUUCUCUGCUUCCAUUAAACAAACUCAAUAAAUAUGUACUUAAGUUUUUUAAUUAUUUUACUUUCAUUAAUUAAUGAUUCUUACCAACUUGUACCAUCAGAAAUAAUAAAAACGGACAAAGGUUCAGUACAGGGAAAAAUUUUAACGACUGUAGUAAAAAAAGUUGAAUAUUCCUAUUUUGCUGGCAUACCAUAUGGUAAACCGCCAAUCGGUUAUUUAAGAUUUAAACCUCCGGUGGAAGUUGAUGAUUGGGAAGGUGUUUUGAAUACGACAAAAGAAGCAAGCGUUUGUCCCCAAUGGAAUUAUGAUGAAAGCUAUUUUGCUGGAAGUGAAGAUUGUCUUUAUCUCAAUGUUUACACACCUAAAAUAAAUUCAAAUGACACAAAAGCACGUGCAGUAAUGGUAUGGAUUUAUGGUGGAGCAUUUGUCACUGGGUAUAUUAAUAGCACAAAAUAUGGACCAGAUUUUAUUAUUGAGGAGGAUGUGAUACUUGUUGCAAUGAAUUAUCGUUUAGGAGCAUUGGGUUUUUUGUCAUUAGAUCAUGAAAAUGCAACUGGCAAUGCAGGAUUAAAAGAUCAAAAUCUUGCAUUACAAUGGGUAAAACGUAACAUAAUUCAUUUCGGUGGAGAUCCAGAUAAAGUUACUAUUUUUGGUCAAAGUGCGGGGUCAGCAUCUGUUGGAUUUCAUGUACUUUCUGAUCUUUCAACAGGAUUGUUCAAUGGUGCUAUAUAUAUGAGUGGUACACCACUUAAUCUUUGGGCAUUUUAUCGGCCAGAUCAAGCCGUUUCACGAAGUUUUUAUAUUGGAAAAAUAUUAGGAGUUGAAACGAAUAAUAAAACAGUUCUUUUAAAUAAAUUAUAUUCAGUAACGGCUGAAGAUAUUAUUUUAGCAACUAAAAAUAUGACACUUCUUGAUUUGCCAUUUAAUCCAACAAUUGAAGAUACUAAAGUAACUGAUAAACCAUUUUUGAAUGAAUGUUCAUUAAAAAAAUAUAAAUCUGGCGAUUACAAUAAAGUGCCGCAGAUAAUUGGAUUUGUUGAAGUAGAAACAUUGUCUUUUGCAUCAAGUGUAACAACAUUUAUACAAGUUAUCAAUGAUACAAUUGCCGAAUUAAUUGAUAUACCUCUAUUGCGGGAAAUUGACGAUGUUAAAGUAUUAGAUGAUAUAUUAGCAACGGGUUUAAGUGGUUUGGGUGAUUUAACAUCCGAUGUUAUUUAUGCUGCAUUGAAUGUGACAACUGAUAUACUAUUUAAAGAUGGUAUUGACCGUACACAAUAUUAUUUGGAUAAAAGUAGUGAAGCUCCGAUUUAUUAUUAUCAUAAUAAGUUUGAUUAUCCUGAGGCGCUUCAUAAAGUUGAAGGUAAUUUUUUAAAUGGAACAGCACAUUCCGAUGAUAUUGCCCAUAUUUUUUGGGUUUCUGAUAAAGAUCAAAGUCUCGAUCCAAAUAGUCAAAUUUUUGAACAACGUAAUAAAAUGGUUAGAAUGUGGACUAAUUUUGCUAAAUAUGGAAAUCCUACGCCGAAUGCAUCAGAUCCUAUAUUAAAUAUUACUUGGCCAGCUUCAGGUUCCGCAGGCACUUGUUUAGAUAUAAAUAAUAAUGAGUAUUUUAUUGGAGAAAGACCAAUAAGUCCUUUACUAAAAACUGCACAACUACUAAUUGAUCCGCUACGUGACUAUGACAAUGGAUGUUCAUCUAGUCUCUUAAAAUAAAUCACAAACAAUUUUGUAGUUUAUUAACAUUGUUUGUGAUCGCUAUAAAAAUGUUAUAUUUUUGAGUUGAUUAAUAAAUCAAUAACUUAUUACAAAUACUGAUAUAAAGAGCUUCAAUUAAUAAAUUGUU